AAAGAAAUGCCAACAGCCUUGAGCCAAUUUAUGUUUACUAACAAAAAUCAAGUCAUCCAGAAACAACUGUGGAGUGUGGUCAUCAAAUGACGGAUCGAAUAAAUUAUUAUUUGAUCAUGUUUUAACAAAGAUAUUAAUUUCAUAAUAUAUAAAAUAUUGUCAUUCCUCACACGUAUUUUUAAUGAAUGAUCAUGGAUAACGAACUUAUAGAUAUUUCUACAAGCAUAAAACUACAAAUCGGUUAUGGUAUUGGUCAUAUAUUGAAUGAUGUCUGUGCAAGUUUAUGGUUUACAUAUUUUCUGGUGUUCUUCCACUUGGUACUUGAGUUUUCGGCAUCGCAAGCUGGGUACCUUAUGUUAAUUGGUCAAAUUGUGGAUGCACUAUCCACCCCUUUUGUUGGUUAUAAUUCUGAUCAUUCAAAUGGCGCUUUCAGUGCUUGGUAUGGGAAGCGUAAAGUUUGGCACCUUUUUGGAUUAGUUUGUGUAGUCAUGUCCUUUCCGUUUAUAUUUUCUGAAUGUGUUGGAUGUUCAGGAACACAUAAAUGGGCUCAAAUGUUUUAUUAUGCAGCUUUUAUCAUAAUUUUUCAAAUUGGUUGGGCUUCAGUGCAAAUAUCCCACUUAAGCCUGAUACCUGAGUUAUCUGAAGAUUCUCAUGUUAGAAUGCAGCUAACAGCAAUAAGAUAUGGAUUUACAGUAUUCUCAAAUUUAUUUGUAUACUUAAUAACAUGGGCUAUUCUACAUUUCACUGGAAACUGUGAUAAGGAGCAAGUGGGUCCCGGAGAUGCUUGGAAAUUUAGACAAAUUAUGUUAAUAGUAAUGAGUGUAGGAUUGUUUGCAUCUGUUAUAUUUCAUAUAUCUGUUAAAGAAUCUAAUAUAACACAACAAGAAUUAGAAAGUGAUGUCCAACACUGCACCAUACUCAGAAAAUUAUUGCUCUAUCAGAUUGCAGGCAUAUAUAUGAGUACAAGGCUUGUGGUGAAUGUAUCCCAAGUUCUUAUACCAUUAUAUCUUCACAGGACUCUAGGACUACCCGCAAGAUCCCUGGCUGUGGUUCCAUUAGCUAUGUAUCUUGGAAGUCUUAGCGCAGCGGGUGUACAGAGGUUGGCACCAAGAUCCAUAACUCGCAAAUUAAAUUACUUUGUUGGAUCUGCAUGUUCUGUGUGUGGCUAUGUGUGGAUUUAUUUGGAAUCAGAUGACAAUUUUAAAGAGUAUUAUGUUUAUGUGGUUGCUGUUCUAUUAGGUUUUGGUGGUGCAAAAAUGUUGGUGACAAGCCUAUCACUCACCGCUGAUCUUAUUGGAGAAAAUACACAGACCUCGGCGUUUGUGUAUGGAUUGAUGAGUUUUGCAGAUAAAUUGUCCUGUGGUUUAGCUAUUGUUAUCAUUCAACUAUAUGCGGAGCAGGCUGCUUUUACAUACUACAGGGAUGUGCUGGUAUUUGUGUGUGGCUCGGCAUGUUUAUUGGGACUAAUAUUGACUGUGUUUCUACCAAAACCCACACACAAUAUACUGUCAACUGCAGACUCGCCAUCUAUUAACAAUGAAGAUUAUGAAGCGGAAGAACAUGGGCCAAACAUACGUUAGGUACGACAGAUUGAUCCUUUUUCAAUCAAAUCAUCAAAUUUGAAAUGAGAAAGUUUUUAUGUACGUCGUUAAUCAUGCAAUGGACAAUUUAUUCCAUGAUCUGUUAUGAAUAAUAUUUAGUUUAAUAUAUAUACAAUGAUUUUGUUUGUAUAUUGAAUCGCAAUAUUUUGAAUCAUUAAUGUUUAUAUUGUUUUAAUGAUGCCUUUGCUCAAUAAGAUAUUUAUUUUGUUUUUUUUUAAUCAAUCAACGGCUUUGGCUUUGGAUGAAGCCCAUUAAGCCAUGACUUUUCUAUAUGCGUAUGAACUUAUAGACUUACAAUAUACUACUUCUUAUAAAAAAUGCAUGCGAGAGGGAAGAAUCUGUAACGGAAGACACAGCAAGAUAGAAUUGGAACGCAAAUGUAUUUAAAUUUAAAUAUUUUUAUUAAAAAUAGAAUAUAAAAUAUAAUAAUAAUAAUUGAAAGUCAAAAAGCGGCCAAGUGCGAGUCGGACUCAACCAAUGAAGGGUUCCGUAGCAUCAAAGAACAUAGUAUAAAAGUUAUAGAAAGGAAAAUUAUAUUAAAUUAUUUAAAUGGAAAAGGCAAAAAAUCUUUGCGCAAAAUCAUACAGUGCAAAUGAGCUCUCAUCAUUUGUAUCUAUUUAUAAAAACUACUUACUAGAUCUCGUUCAAAACAAUUUUCGGUGGAAGUUUUCAUGGUAAUUAAUAUACCUACAUCAUAUAUUUUUUCUAGUUUUAUCAUUCUCUUAUUUUAGAAGUUACAGGAGGGGCACAUUUUACCACUGUUGAAGACCUAUCCUCAGAGAUACCCCACACGUAGGGGUUUGAUGAAAGAAAUAUUUUAGUAUUAAGAAAUAUGUUAGUUAUUGUUAUUUUAACAUUUUUUAACAAUUCUUUUGAAUUUCCUUAAUAGGUACCUACUUUUGUUUUGAACAUUAUCUGGGAUCUUGUUGUGAAAGCAUACAACGUCCGAAACGAAUAGAAAUAUGACAUAAUAUAUGUAUGACAGUUUCUAGCAAAUUCACUUAUGUGCCUAUGUACAAUUGUAAUAUUGUUACUGUAAUCAAUUUUUAUUGACCAAGCAUGGAAUUGGCGCCUUACUCUUUUAAAUAUUAAACUACGCACACAUUGAUAUAUCAAAAUGUGUGUCAGAUCGCCUAUACUCUAGUAUAUUUUAAGUCUAUCUAUGUACCCAUAAACUAGAGAAUAUUGUUAUUUAAUAUAACAUAGAGUUUUCUGCAUAAAGCGUGUAUUUCUAUAACUUUUCCCUAAUUUGAUAUUCAUGAAAAUAUGUAAGCGGCCUAAUUAACUGUUUACUUAAUCACUAUUCAUAUAGGUAUCGAUUUAAUGACGCCGUAGCUUGUCAAAUUACUGUGACUAGGUAAUACCGGUGUCUCCUACCAUUUCAGCUUCCAGUAAUCCUGAGCGUCAUAUUUUUAAUAUGUUUAUUUAGAAAAAAAAUGUUAUAGCUCAAAUUUUAUGCGUACCUAAGUAGAUAAAUUUGUUAAAUUAAUAUAUUUUUUAGAAAAUUAUUUAUUGAUUGUAAGUAGUAAAAAUUAUAGAAAUAGAAUAAGUAUCUUCUUGUGAUAUUAAAGAAUAAUUAUGAAUUGGUAUUCAAUUAA